AUGGAUCCACAGACAAAACAGAACGCCGGACAAAACAUUCAUAAUCCUAUUCCGACAUCAGUCGUAGUAGACAUACAUAGCUUAACUUCAGAAGGUAAUGAUCUAAAGCUUCUGAGAGAAUCAGCGGGUUCAGAGUCAUGUUGCAUAGUGAGAAUCCCCCACAGCCUCGCCCGGAUCAACCUCAAAGCUUACGAGCCCAAGAUCGUCUCCAUUGGUCCUUACCACAACGGCAAAGAACAUCUAAAAAUGGCUCAGCAGCAUAAACGCAGGUUCUUGAAGUUCUUGGUGGCUAAAAUGCAAGAAAAUAGAACUAAUCCUCAAGAAUUAGUCAACGCUGUGUCAAGCUUGGAAGAAGUUAUAAGAGGUUGUUACUCAGAGGAUCUUGGUUUAGAUUCUGAAAAGUUGGUUGAGAUGAUGGUUCUUGAUGGUUGCUUUAUCCUCACGUUGUUCUUGGUAGUUUCUGGUAAAGUUGUUUACACUAAUCUUGAUGAUCCAAUUUUCAGAAUGCCAUGGAUCUUACCGUCGAUUCGAGCUGAUCUUCUCCUUUUGGAGAAUCAGGUUCCUUUUUUUCUUCUUCAAACGCUUUUCGAAACAUCGAAGUUGGUUGCCUCUAGCUGUUUAAACGAGUUAGCGUUUGAGUUUUUCCACUAUUCGUUACAAAAACCAGAAGCGUUUUGGACAAAACAUUAUAGUCUUGAAGCUAAACACCUUCUUGACUUGAUACGCAAGACUUUUAUCCCUGUUACUUGUCAAAGAAGCAUCAAAGAAGACAAUGGUUUUCUUGAAUUCGUUUUAUCAGCCAAGAAGCUUCAUCUUCGAGGAAUCAAAUUCAAACCGAGGAAGAACACAGAUUCAAUCUUAGACAUAAGGUUUAGUAACGGUGUGCUUCAUAUUCCUCCUGUAGUCAUGGAUGAUUUCACUGCCACGGUGUUUUUAAACUGUGUGGCGUUUGAGCAGUUAUAUGCAGAUUCAUCAAACCACAUAACGAGCUACGUGGCCUUCAUGGCUUGUCUAAUAAACGAAGAGAGUGAUGCAGCGUUCCUUAGCGAGAGGAGGAUUCUUGAGAACUAUUUUGGAACAGAGGAAGAAGUGUCUAGGUUUUAUAAAAGCAUUGGCAAAGAUGUUGCUUUGGACUUAGAGAGGAGUUACUUAGCGAAAGUGUUUGAAGGGGUUAAUGAGUAUAGUUCUAAAGGGUUCCAUGUUCAUUGCGCAGAGUUUGUUCACACGCAUUUUGAUAGUCCAUGGACAUUUGCAUCAUCGUUUGCAGCUUUGUUGCUUCUUAUGUUUGCUGCUUUACAAGUUUUCUUUGCAGCUUAUAGUUAUUUUAAACCUCCAAAAGAAAAGUGA